AGCCAAGCGAACAGCCAGAGAAGGACAACAGCAGAGAAGCUGAGGACGCGAAGAAGGACACAGUCACAGCAGCUCACGCAGACAACAAGCGCUGAGAAGGACACAUCAAACCCACAGAGGCACAGUCUACGAAGACACGGCAAGCAAAGCACAGCAGACAAGCAGGGAACAGCAUCAGCGCGAUCACACACACAUACUCACACGCACACUCACACACACACACAGACACACACAUACACACAGACACACGCAGACACGCUCGAACAACGCACUCCGUCGUCGCAAGCAUGAGCGCGCUGAUUCACGCUUGUAAACAGGGGGACCUGGACCUGGUCAAGCGCCUGCUGUUGGAAGGUGAUCCAGACAAAGGUGGAGCAAAGCCGAACGUCAACGAGGAGCGGGAUGAAAAAUUCGGCGCAUCUGGGCUGCACUGGACAAGUGCUUUCGGACAUGAGGCAGUUGUGCGGUAUCUUGUUGAGCAGGGAGCAGACGUCAAUAGGGCAGCGAAUGAGGGCGCAAUACCGCUGCAUAUUGUGAGUCAGGAAGGCUACGAGGCUGUUGUGCGGUAUCUUGUUGAGCAGGGAGCUGACGUGCACCAGGCGAUGAACGAUGGCCGAACGCCGCUGUGGACAGCGAGCUUCAAUGGCCACGAGGCUGUUGUGCGGUAUCUUGCUGAGCAGGGAGCAGACGUACACCAGGCAAAGAACGAUGGCCGAACACCGCUGUGGACAGCGAGCUUCAAUGGUCACGAGGCUGUUGUGCGGUAUCUUGUUGAGCAGGGAGCAGACGUGCACAAGGCGAUGAACGAUGUACGUGUUUUUCGUUGUCGUGGGAACAGCGACAUUGUAACGCUUCUCUCGCAUCCUCAGCCCCGCCACUAUGCGGAGAUGACGUCCAUCAUGAGCGAUAUCGCUGAGCGCUCCGGCACGCGGAUGGCGGCACGCGCGAAACUGAUGUUUGUUGGUGAGGGGCGGGCUGGCAAGACAACCACGCUUCGCUCGUUGAUGGGGAAGAGGUUCCAGCGGACGCAAGACUCGACCCGAGGCGCUACAGCCCACGACACUGCAGUCAUUGUCAACACCAAGGAUGUCUUCAGCUGGAAGGCCACGGAUGGCAGGCUGUCGGAGUAUCUGCGUACGCUGCGAGACACGGCGCUGGCGAGAAAGACCAAGUUGGCCAAGAAAAUGAGACAGCGUGCAGACAGGGCAGCGGCUGAGCACCAGCAGCGCGUGAGACAGCAACAACGAGAACAGCAAGAAGCAACGUGCCAACACACACCGCGCGGUGAGGAACAAGAUCAGGGGAGUGCCACCGACACAGCGAAGCAGUCGCCAGUGCAGCCCACGCCGUCGCAGUGCACGCAGCGUACCACUUCCGCCAGCCCAUCUUCUUCACCAUCGACGACCAGCACCGCGAAGAAACCGUCCACUGUCCCAAAGCCACGACCGACCCCAUCAUCGGCUUCUGCUGCGUACUCGCCGUCGCCAGGAGAUGUUGAAAAGGCCAUCAGGGAGAUGGAUUUGGACGGAGCAUUGGACGAAGCGCAGGUCACGUUCAAGGUGUUUGACCUGGGCGGCCAGUCCACAUUCUACAUCUUCCACCCUUUCUUCCUCACAAAGUACGCGGUGUACCUGCUGGUGUUCUCGAUGGAGGACCUGCUGCACCAAGAUGCCAGCAAGCGGGCAGAGACGUGGGAGUUUAUGGAGCACUGGCUCUCCUCGCUCCACCUCCACGCCAAGGGCGCACCCGUCCUCAUCGUCGGCACGCACGCCGACAAAGUGCGCAGCAGAACGCUGCACACACAGCUCUCCCGUGACAUCCACAGUCAUCUGCGUUACAACCCGGCCUUUCCUGGCGUCAUUCACAACGACAAGCAUGGUCUGUGGUUCUGGCCUGUCAACAACACCAAGUCCAUCAAUGACCCCAUGAUCCAGGACCUGCGCCAGACCAUCUCCUCCAUAGCCUUAGCGCAGGAAUACGUGAGCCAGGAGGUGGCCGUGCCAUACCUCCACCUCUACGACAAGCUCAACGCCAUCGCCCGCGACGAGAAGCGCCCGCUGCUCACCUUUGACGAGGUGGUGAAGAUUGCGGGCACGUGUGGGCUGCACACACGUGAGGAGACGAGAGCCUGCCUCCAGUUCCUGCACCUGUACUCCAUGGUGCUGUACUACGACCACGUGCCUGGCAUGGAGGACUAUGUGAUCCUGAGUCCGCAGUGGGCGGUAGACACGAUGACGCGCGUCAUCCGCAACUUUGAUCUGCACCGCGAUGUGCGUGAUGGCAAGGCGAGGGCACUCGGCCCUGGCGUGUGGGACGAUCUCGUUGAUCGCGGUAUCUUGCACCGCCGUCUGCUGGGUGUGCUGUGGAAGGAUGUGCGGGAUGACAUGGUUGAGCCCUUCCUCCAACUCAUGAUGGAGUACGGGUUGUGUGCGGAAUAUUCCCACGCGACGAUGCAGGCCGGGCAGCAACAGCAAGAACAGCAACAGCAACAGCAGCAGUAUUUGGUUCCGUCCAACCUGCCCAUGACCCUGAAGGGAAAAGAGACAUCCUCGGUGAUACUGAGUACCACUGCAGCCAAAGAUGCCCACACCUACGGCGCGUAUGAGGAGAAAACAGCCUACAUCACGUUCAGCCUGAAUGACUUCAAGAAGACCGCGAGCGUGGGAGUUGAAGAUGCACAGCAAGCAUCGUUCCUGCCAGAAGGACUGUUCACAGUUGUGUUGGCACGUGUGCUGGAAGGUAUGCAGUCAACAGCAGCACAGGAGCCGCAGCUGAGCCGCACCCACGUCAUCCUCUUCAUCAACACGACGAAAGUGGAGCUGCAGCUUGUGCCCGCAGUCGGCGGCAUCAAGAUCAAGAUCACAAGCGACCGACCGCGCACACUGCUGCACGUGCUGUACGACAUCAUCACCACCGCCGCCUUACAGCGUUAUCCUGACCUCAAGGCCAACCUGUUGUUGCCAUACAACAAGAAGAAAUUACUGUUAUUUGAGGACGUGCUGCACCACCACAAGAGCAAGCAGGACAUGUGGGUGGGUGAUGACUUGGUGAGGGUGAGUGAUCUGAGCACCAAGUACCGCCCCUUGCUGCCAGUCCUCGGGCUGCAGGACAAGUACGACGCCUUCAUCAGCUACAGGCAACGCGGCAACACCGGCCUGGUGUUGACCCUUCACCCAAAGUUGGAGCACCAUGGCUUGGUGGUCUUUGUGGAUGCCAACAACCUCGAGGCAGGCGUCAACUUCAAGCAUGCGUGCCUGACAGCUCUUCAACACAGCGUGGUCGCCUGUCCCGUCGUGGCCGUCGCUGCAAUCCAUCAGAUGCGCUCGCUCGGCCACAAUGACACGUGCGACAACGUGUUGUUGGAGUGGAUGGCCAUGCUUGAGCUGCAACAGCUUGCUCGCCAGCACCCAGACAAGAUCCGCCUCCGCCGCAUCGUCCCACUCUUCGUUGGCAGUGGUUGGCACGACGGCAACCAUACCAUGAGUGUGGCAUCAGCGAGCGAGUACGAUUCGCCCGAGUACAUGAAGCGGCUGGCGAUGAAGUUGCCGGAUGUGGUGAGCAAGGAGACAACAGCAGCGCUCGACGAGUACUUCACACAAGUACUGCACCUGCGGCCUCCACAGCAGCACAAGAGCGUGCGUGAAGUGGUGCUGUCGCUGUUUGACAUGGACGGCAUGAUGUCACUCCAGCACCACGCUGACCGCGCAGCCGAUGCGGCGAGGAUGGCGAAGCACGUGCGCAUGGCUGUGGCCGCUGCUAAACGUGAUAUCGUCUCAUUUGAGGAGUGGCUUUCGUCGCUGAGUCUUUCUGCCGAUGCGCGUGGCGCGCUCGCAGCCUUGGGGGUGGCCAGCUUUGAGGUGUUGCGCGCGAUGAAGGAGAGGGGGCGCCUGAAGGAAGAAGCGCUGACUGGCGUGCCCGUUGGUGCCGCUGCUCGCCUGAUCCAUGCCUUUGAAUCCGGCACCCAGGCAGCACCUGCACACGGUGAUGUUGCCGCUGAUGACGAUGAUGAGGAAUCAUGUGCUUGAAUGACACGAUGACUUGUUUUGUGUUUUGUUCUACUGUUGAGUUCUUUUGGGCAUACACCUGCGCGAGCCA